GGACAUUUUUGUUGAGAUGUUUUUCAGCAUGUUUAAUAAAAACCGUGCCUUUUUAGAUAACUCUGGGCUACAUCAAGCGGGCUCGCAGUAGUUUUUCAAAAAAACUUCUAAACUGAGACGUCAUCUACGUACUUCAAAUUCGGCGUCGUCUUAAAGAGGUUAUAGAAGUGUUAUUUUGUGCUUAUUUUAAUAAAAUAUAAAGCACAAAAUAUGGCUAAGCAUCAUCCAGAUUUAAUUUUCUGCAGAAAACAGCCUGGUGUCGCUAUAGGCAGAUUAUGUGAGAAAUGCGACGGUAAAUGCGUGAUUUGCGACUCGUACGUGCGGCCGUGCACGCUGGUGCGCAUCUGCGACGAGUGCAAUUACGGCUCGUACCAGGGACGAUGCGUGAUCUGCGGCGGCCCCGGCGUUUCUGACGCGUAUUACUGCAAGGAAUGCACUAUCCAGGAAAAAGAUAGAGAUGGCUGUCCAAAGAUUGUGAAUUUGGGAAGCUCAAAGACUGAUCUGUUCUAUGAGAGAAAGAAGUAUGGCUUCAGAAGACACUAGUAGUAACUGUAAUGUUAGGCUAUUUGUAUUAUUGAUUGAUGUGUGACUUGGACUUUAUAAUGGAUUUAAAGCUUGCUUAGACUAGCAAGAACUUGCAUGCAAUUUUCAUUACAUUGCGGUAUCCAAUCAAAGUUACGAAUGCAGUUUACCUUAGUAGUCGGCAAUGUAACAUAACUAGCUAGCAAGUUCUUGCUAGUCUACGCCUCGCUUAACAUAUCCCUAAGUUAAACCAAACCAUAUGUACAUUUCAUAGUACUCUGGUAAAGUGUUUACCAAUCUGCUGAUUGUGGUUGGUGCAACCAGUGAGGAUAUAUUUAUACCACGACCUAAAUACCUUAGAGCAAAUUUUGUUUCAAAGAACACUGCAUUUCUGACAAAAUGUAUAUCCUUAUUUAAAAAUGAAUAUUUUGCUCAAUAUAAACUCUGUGAUUAUAUUGACCAAAAUAUAUAUAUUCGGUAUUUAGUUCCAUCUCUUUGUGAUAACUUAAUUUUUUUAAACAAAACUGUUAGAUCUUACUAUUUCAUGAAGUGUUUUUUUCAUAAACACACUGCGGAUAUAAAUAAAAAAAUGGUUUAUGACCGGUUAAAACAAAAUAUUUGUAAAUAAAAACUCCAAUGUAA